AUGGCUCUGUUCAUCCAGCUGUUCAUUUUGACCACAGCAAUCUCAAUCGCUCAGGGACUCCAGCAUGAGGACAUCAAGCAGGCUCUUCUCCAAAAACUCGGACUAACUGAACCGCCCAGGAUCCAGAAGCGGGAUCUUGAGAAUUUAGUUGUCCCGGCUCACAUCAAGAGCAAGUAUCUGUCCAUGCUGAAGCUCCAUCACCAGCGCAGGAGGAGAUCUCUGCCUAGCCUGGCAGGAAUACUCAGGGGAAUACACGGCAAUGCAGAUAUUACCGGAGAAAUCAAGUACUCGGACACUACCCGUCAGCGUCUUGUGUUCGACAUGGAGGCCAGACUUCAGGAAAACACGGAGGUCACGAUGGCCGAACUGAAGCUCUUCCAGACCGCGGCUCAGAGUCCGUCCAAGCCGGAGCGGAGGCACCACAGGCCGAUAAACCACGCCAGAGUCAGCAUCUACUGGGUGGAGGUACUGGAGAACGGUUCCAACAGAACAUCACUAAUCGACUCAAGACUGGUUCCCAUUCACGAGUCGGGCUGGAGGAGCUUCGACGUGACCCAGGCCAUUCAUUACUGGUCUAAAUCCCAAAAGAAAGCCCCUCUGCAUCUGGAAGUGUGGACUGAAGGAGAGAGACCCGGGAGUUAUGCGGCUGAAAUGGCCAAAAGAGUGCGCUUCGCCACACAGGACCCGAAGGAAAACACCCUGGAGAAGGACAUGGGCGCACCAGAGCUUGUGCUUUACACUUUAGACCUCGAUGAAUAUGGAUCCCAAGGCAACUGUAACUCCAGCCCAAACAGCAGUAAAUGUUGUCGGGAGGAGCAUUUCAUCAACUUCCGUGAGCUGACCUGGACUCAGUACUGGAUCAUCGAGCCGGCCGGGUACCAAGCGUUCAGGUGCGCUGGAGGAUGCAAGCAGCCCAAACGCGGUUUCUAUGGAUACGGACAGAGGACAUGUGCGGUGAUGGAGAGUGCGCCGCUGCCCAUGAUGUACCUGGUCAAAAAGGGAGAUUACACCGAAAUCGAGGUGGCAGAAUUCCCUAAUAUGAUUGUGGAGAAAUGUGGAUGCUCCAUGGACAAAAUCCCUCCAGUCUGA